AUGCCAGAUUAUACGAAAGUUUGCCUUUCGUCGCAGUUUACCUUCCUCAUCAGCGAAGAUAAACACUCUAUGAGGAUCCACUCUGCCAUAGUCGUGGAGACCUCCAAGCCAUUGAACGCGAAUGGCAUCAUGAAGGAAUCUACCUCCAAAGUCGCUGUCCUUGCUGAUGUAGACCCCGAGACUUUCGCCGCGUCUUGCGAAUAUGCCUACACCGGGACUUAUACUUCGCCCUUCGUGCCACCAGGCGAGGAUGACAAAAAGCCGACUCUAUCCUAG